UCCGCCCCGAGGCUGCAACCAACCCAUCCACCUGCAUCCGACACUCACCACUCGCCUCGGUCCCCGUCCAAUGCUGCUGCGUAGCUUCAAGCCUGUUCGUCUGGGUGUGCUGGGUCCUCUGAGCCGUGCGGCUCCCAGUCCCAUCGCCGCCAGCCACGCCGCUCGUUUCGGUCGCUCGGCAGCCCUUGGUCGCCCUAUGCCCCAUCAGAUAUCCACCAUUGCGGUCGAUCGCCGGUUUCUCUCGGCAUACACCUCUGGCUCGUACACGAGCGGCGUGCCCCUCAAGACCACGAUCUACUUUGUGAUCCAGGAUCGAGUCGGCGCUCUGGACGAUCUGCUUCCCCAGAUCAGCGGCCUCAACAUCUCGCUGACCCGCAUCGAGUCGCGCCCCUCCAAGACCAAGGGAUUCUACGACUUUUUCAUCGACUUUGACGCGCAAUCCGAGAAGGAGGUCGAGCUCGCUCUCUCCAACCUCAGGGACCUCGUCAAAGAAAUCAAGGUCGUCUCCACGGGCUCCAGUAACUCCGUGCUGUCUGCCGUCCCUUGGUUCCCACGAAAAAUCGCCGAUCUCGAUUCCUUCACCGACAAGGUGCUUUCGUACGGAAACGAGCUCGAUGCCGAUCACCCGGGCUUCACCGACAACAAGUACCGCGAGCGCCGAGCUGAGAUCACCAAGAUCGCCCGCACCUAUCGCCACGGCCGUCCUGUUCCCCACAUCGAAUACACCCCGGACGAAGUCAAGACCUGGGGGACUGUCUUUGACAAGCUUACUGCUCUCUACCCGACACACGCCUGUCGCGAGCAUCAGUAUGUCUUCCCGCUGCUUAUCCAAAACUGCGGAUACCGUCGGGACAACAUUCCGCAACUCGAGGACGUCUCCCGCUUCAUGAAAGAUUGUACGGGCUGGACGAUUCGCCCUGUCACCGGACUGCUUUCGUCCCGCGACUUCCUCAACGGUCUUGCCUUCCGGGUCUUCCAUAGCACCCAGUAUAUCCGUCACCAUUCCGUGCCGCUGUACACCCCCGAGCCCGAUGUCUGCCACGAGCUCUUGGGCCAUGUGCCUCUCUACGCCGAUCCAGACUUUGCUGACUUUUCGCAGGAGAUUGGGCUGGCUUCCCUUGGCGCUACAGACGAGGAUAUCCAAAAGCUUGCUACCAUCUACUGGUUUACUGUCGAGUUUGGCGUCACUCGCGAGGGUGAAGGUGUUAAAGCCUAUGGAGCCGGCCUGCUCUCUAGCUUUGGCGAGCUCGAGUACUGUCUGAGUGAUAAGGCCAGCCGAGCACCGUUUGUUCCCGAAGUCGUUGCCAACACCAAAUACCCAAUCACAUCCUACCAGCCGCUGUACUUUGUCACGGAGAGCUUCAAGGAGAUGAAGGAGCAAGUCCGCGAAUACGCCAACUCGAUGGAGCGCCCGUUCGUUGUGCGAUACAACGCCCUCACCCAGAGCAUCGAGGUCCUGGACACCAAGGACAAGGUUCUCCGAUUCGCCUCCAACCUACGCGGCGACAUCACCAGGCUGAUGAAUGCCAUCGACCGCAUUGCAAUGUAAUGCCGCCCCGCCUGCCUGGCUGCCCGGGGUGUGUCUUCCGGGGGUGUGUCUCCCCCCCUCCCUGCGUGAUUGCGACUUGCUCGGAGCAGGGCCGACCCUGCCGCCCGUUGCUCUCCCCUGCGCGCCUCCUGUGGCUCUGUCCGCUCUUGUGAAUACAACAGCCACGAUCUGCGCGUCGUCGCUCCUUUGGGCCUGC